GCACGAUACAUGAGGUACCUAGCGCGAAGCCCAAGGUUUAGGUAUUCCGCUGCAGUUCUUUCGGCUACACCAUUCAAGUGCUCUCCGCCUGGCUGUUCUGUCCUCGACAGCAAUCCGCCAAUAUGGGGAAGCCAGUAAAUUGGAGGCUAUGGUCCAAGAUGCUCGUCACGGGAGGAGUCGUGGUUAUCGGCGGCCCGGCCUUGACGAUGUGGCUUACUCCCACCGAAGAAGAGCUAUUCAAGAGGUACAACCCCGACCUACAGAAACGGAGUCUCGCCAAUCGGGAACAAAUUCAAGCCGACUUCGACCAGUACGUCAAGAAACUGAAGGAACACUCCAAGUCGAACAAGCCAAUCUGGACUGUUUGGGAUGAGGACAUCAAGUCGAAACAAGAGGCGGCAAUAUCGGAACACGAAAAGAAGGCCCAGGAGCUCAAGCUACAACAAGAAGCCAUGAAACGUGAGGCCGGUCUUACGACCAAGUAGGGAGCAGGCUCCCUCCAACCGCUCCAUGUAAAACAUACACGUGUACAAUGCUGUACUAGGCACAAUAUGUUGACUCCGGGAAACGAGGCGUUUUGAAUUGGGUAUCAUGAGUAGGAAAACCCAAGGGUCAGGCCUAAGCAGAGAGAAAGUAUUUCUUUACAAAACUGCUAUGUUCAAUGCGCGUUAAUAGCUCAAAGAGAGUGGCAUCUGUGACUUCAUGUUGGUCAGAAUCGUACCUCUGGCAUAAGCCUCUGGCCUUUGCAUGCCAGACUGAAAAUCUAUCGGAACACAACUCAAAGCCUAGCGGACUAGAAAAUAGGCUUCUUAGAAGAACUCUGUCGUAGGUGAAUACUAAGAGACAUCA